CUGUAUAUAUAAAGGAUUAUCAUUUGUUAAAGCACAGAACUUGCGAAUUCAAAUCCAACCACAAUCUGUAAAUUUAGGGCAAGAUGAUAUGGUUGUAACUUGUUCCACCGUCAACCCAACACAAAUGGAUACAGUUUAUACCAUACUGUUACAAAAAAACAAUACAAAUACUAAAUCAAUGAAGGAUGUGGUUUCUGUUCGUUUAAGUAAUGGUCAAGAUACUAUAACAUGGCAGGACAUGGAAUUACAAAACAGGGCAAUAGCAAUAGGAACUGUCAGCUCACCUUCCACAGCACAGCUAAAGUUAACGAUUCCUAAAGACAGAGUGUUGUGUCCAUGGGAUUUCACAGGAUACAUGUGUGCAAUGUCUGGAUUUACAACUGCUGCAGUUAAUCAAGAGACAAGUCAGGAUUAUGUUACUUAUACAGUUCAUCCAACAGUGAUUGAAAUGCCAGCUGUGAGGAUACUUGGUGAAUUUUCUAACACGGCAUUGAGAGAGUUUCCAGUUAACACGGCUAUACAACUGACAUGCACUGGACAGAUUGGCAGUGACGCAAGUUCUACAAUCCGUUGGUGUGCUAAGAAGUCCCAAGAGUUUACCUUCACGGGGGUUCCACAGACCCCGAUCCACUCCGAGGCCUCACUGUCUGCUGGCUGUCAGUAUACUCGUUCCAGUACCAUCACAUACAACCUCACCAGUGAUGACACCUACACACAGUUCCUGUGUGAGUCUGGAUAUUCUGGUCUCUGUGAAACAGGAACAGCCAGACAGUAUCUGAAUAUAUCCUUAGAAGGAAGAAUAAUAUCAACUCACAGUUUACCAAACUGUGUGUCCACCAACGGUACGAGACAUAUUUGGUUAUAGCAUGUUUGUUUGUUAGUCUUUCCCUUCAGCUGUUCUAUCUGUAACAAAAAUCUUUGAUUCGAAUCUGUUAAAAUUUCUCAUUAGUUGCCA